UUACCUUUUCAUAUGUACAUAUGUAUAUGCAUGACAGUGCAUGUCUAUGUCCCUGUGCGUCUCUGUGGGGGUGUAUGUGGUGGUGGGGAUGGCACGCGAUUAAAUUUUGGGAGGAAGGUGCAUGUGCGGCCUGUUUGCCCAUGUUUACUUUUGUUUACACUUCCUGUCAUUAUAUCACAGUGAUAGGAAUAAUUCUGUUAGGGGCCACAUCAAAGUCUUCAGUUUUCAGAGGGGUUACUAUCAUGAUUGGGGGUAAAGUACUGAGGGAUGGGUCUGAGGAACAGGCCAAGGUUGCAGUAUAAGAUUUGGCUACUAUCCUUAUUGUUUAAACUUCCUUCUUCUUCUCAGUGCAUUAGUAAGCAGCUAUCAUAAAGACUCAUUUGGAUGUCAUUUUACCAUUUAAGUCUUGUUGGCAUCUAUUACUUUUUUUUUUCAACAUCUGUGUUCAAACCAAUCAUCAUAUUCUUCUCCAUUAUUUGUAUUUUUUGGCUUGAUUUCAAAGCUGUGCAAGCAACCAGACUAGUGUCCACCUGUGAAAUGGUAAUAGCUCAAUCCUUGUUCUUUUAUAAAAUCUUUGACAAUGUGGACCUGGUUUAGUGAGAAUUGUUGCAGUGCUUCCUGGGAGGUGAGCACACUGCUUCUGUCUGCAGCAGAAGGCUUUUAUGCUGGGUGACCGGAACCAGCUGAAACCGGUUUGAGGCAGUCAGAGUGCUCACAGGAACAAUGCUGUCUCUGUGCUCCAUGGGGAUAGAGAUAGCCUAGGCUGCUUCAUGGCAGACCAUCACAGCUCAACCAUAGCACAAGCACAGACCCCGCUUCUCCUGCUAAAUGCUGGCUGGAUGUCCGAGCGCUAGCGUGCCGAAGCACAGCUCAGUGUGAGGGGAGCAGUGAGACUUGGGAAGGGACGAGUGCAGUGGGACGUGGCUGGCUGGGAGUCUUGAGAAUCUGCAGCCUAGAUCCUACCUCACACAUACACACACAUGCAUACACAUAGGAGCAUGCUUUAUCUGUUGUCUGUUUACAUGUCUGUGUGCUCGAGUGGUGCAGAGAAUCUAAGGACAAUUUUUACCAAGACCACCAUCACUCACCAGAUCGCGGGAUGUAACCUGAGCCUGUAUUCUGGGCCUUUGCCUGGCUGGGAAGAAACAAGACUUUUUUCUUUUUUUUUUCAGGCAGGGUGGGGUGGUGGAUGGCUUUUGUGGGUUAGUAGUAUUGUGACUUUGUUUGUUUCAGGAUGGAAAGAAGGAAGGAAAGAAGGUUUGGCUAGUGGCUGGAGAGGGACGGAGGCAAGAGGGGUGAUCACCUCACUGGAACAGGAGCAGGAAUAUGGGAGAUAUGAAGACGCCUGACUUUGAUGACCUGCUGGCGGCCUUUGACAUCCCUGACAUGGUGGAUCCUAAAGCCGCUAUUGAAUCUGGCCACCAAGAUGACUAUGAUGGACAGCUCAAGCAAACCAGUGGUGGUGUGACUAACAGUGAGAAUGAGGCCCAACACCCCUCAGCAGCACAUGAUGUAGGUGUUAGUGUCAUUGUGAAGAACACACGAAACCUAGACACAAGUGACCAUUGUGGGACUGAAUCAGAGAGGGGUAGGCAUUUCCACUCCCAUUCCCGACUCCCUUCUGUUCACAAUGGACUUCAUAAUAUUUUGGUGUCCACAAUACCAACUGGGGCUCAAUACACGAAGAAUGGAUGUAAAAUUCCCAGAGGGGAAGGCCAGAAAAUGAACAAUGAAUCAUGUACCUUCAAUCAGUUUAGCCCAAUUUCCAGCACAGAAGAGUUUGAUGAUGAUGAGAAAAUUGAGGUAGAAGACCCAGGAGACAAGCAGGGAGGUCACACAGCUAGGAAAGGGGAGCGGAACUCCAAAUCUGCUAAAAGGGAAAGUCUUUCCAAGCCCAAAACAAAUGGAGACCAAAAGCCUGAUCUUAACAACAAUAACAGUGGUACUUUUAGAAGUUGUAAGUUCAAGAUUCUCUCUCAGCCAACUUUACCUGAAGGGAAACUUGAGGAAACAAUGCCCAAGUCUCAUAGCAAAGAGUACCAAGAAGGUGGGCAGUCAUCGGGACUUGGUAAUCCAUCCAGCCUUUCACAAGUCAAAUCCAAAUCCUCAACAAAACUUUCAUCUUGUAUAGCAGCCAUAGCUGCUCUAAGUGCCAAGAAAGCUAGUGCUGAAGACUUAGGUACUUUGGAUUCUCCUACAACACAACAAGAACCAGCACAGGUCAAAGAAAAUUCAAGAGUCCCUGAGAAGCCACAGGAUCAGGAAUCAGCCAUGGAGAUUGCAAAGAGACUGCUAACAAGACAACCAGACAGCCCCUCUAGUGUGACCAGUGAACGCAGCAGCAAAGGUUCCCCUGCCUCAAACACAGACACCACCCCAGUUAUCCCAAAGGUCAGGAUCAAAACAAUCAAAACCUCAACUGGACAGAUCAAGCGUACAGUCACCCGAGUCCUUCCAGAAUUUGAUCCUGAGGGUCUGAAAAAAAGAGAGAACAGCACAUCUGUCAUGACAACCACUAAUCCUAGUGCAAUUUUUUCAACCACAGUAUUAACCACCACAGGGGGACCUUCAAUUGAAAUAACCAAGCAAAUGACAAUUAAACCUGUUGCAACAGCAUUCCUGCCAGUCUCAGCAGUCAAGACAGCUGGUUCCCAAGUUAUCAACCUUAAGCUGGCUAACAACACAACGGUUAAAGCAACAGUCAUCCCUGCUGCAUCAGUACAAAGUGCCAGCAGUGCUAUCUUGAAAGCUGCUAAUGCCAUCCAACAACAGACUGUCAUGGUACCUGCCUCUAGUCUGGCAAAUGCCAAACUUGUGCCAAAGACAGUCCAUCUUAGUAACCUCAGCCUUCUGCCUCAUACAGUGUCCUCUGCUGCCUGUGAUCUCCAACACACCUUGUACAAACAGCCCCAACAUCAGCAAUCACAGCAAGCAAAACAGCAGACAAUUCUCACCAGUCAGCAGUCAAAGAAAGUCUCUAGAGUUCAAGUGUUCACUAGUUCUCAAAGCUCUGUGGUGGAUGCCUUCAAUAAAGUCCUGAGUAGCAUGAAUCCUGUCCCUGUGUACAUCCCAAACCUCUCCCCACCAACCUCAGCCUGUAUCUCUCUACCCUCACUUGGCUACAAGUGCUUGGAGUGUGGAGAUUCAUUUGCUCUUGAGAAGAGCCUGACACAGCACUAUGAGCGCCGCAGUGUGCGGAUCGAGGUCACCUGCAACCACUGUGCCAAAAGUAUAGUGUUCUAUAACAAAUGCAGCCUCUUGUCUCAUGCUAGGGGUCACAAAGACAAAGGGGUGGUUAUGCAGUGUUCACACCUAAUCCUAAAACCCAUCCCUGCAGAUCAGAUGAUUGGUACAUCAGCUGCAGGACCACACAGCGUUAAUGGCACCACCACUACCACUCAAGCACAUGCGCCUGCGGGUCAAAUGCAAGACAAGGUAUCUGGUGCUGGGAACCAACCUGCAGUGAUUUCAGCUCCAAGCAGUGCACCUGUUGUGGCAGCCAUGCCGUUGGAGGAUGAUGCAUCAAAGCUCUGCAGGCACAGCUUAAAAUGCUUGGAGUGUAACGAAAUGUUCCAGGAUGACAACUCACUAGCAAUGCACUAUCAACAAGCAUCGGAGCCCAGAAGUCAGAAAACAUGCACCAUUUGCCAAAUGCUUCUCCCAAAUCAGUGCAGCUUUUUGUCACACCAGCGGAUCCACCAGCACAAAUCACCUUACAUCUGCCCUGAGUGUGGUGCCAGUUGUCGCUCUGUCCACUUCCAGUCACAUGUGACCAAAAACUGUCUGCAUUACACUCGGAGAGUCGGCUACUGCUGUAUCCACUGUAGUGUGAUCUUUGCUGAUGUCGCAACUCUAAAGUCCCACAUACAAAGUGCUCACUGUGAGGUCUUCUUUAAAUGUCCUCUCUGUCCCAUGGCCUUCAAGUCUGCACCGGGAACACACUCACAUGCAUAUACACAGCAUCCAGGACUGAAGGCAGGCGAGCCCAAGUAGGUCUUCACAUGCUGUAUCUAUCAUCAAAAAUAUGUAAAAUAGAACCUAAUUCUGAAAAUAUUUUUGCAAAAAUACAAUCAUUUGCAAAUCACAUAAGCCCAUAUUUUAUUCACAAUAGAUCACAGAAAAUGUAUCAAAUAUUUUAACUGACAAAAUGUACAAUUCUAAGAAAAACAUUAUCUUAUUUUGAAUUUGAUGGCAGCAACACAUCCCAAAAAACUCGGGACACAGCCAAGUUUAACAC